GACUUGACGUCAAACCGCUAGUUCUUUCCCAUGGCGACGCAGAAUGACAGCAAAGUUGUGGUGAUAGGUGCCGGUAUUGCAGGAGUCAGUGCCGCUCUCAAGCUUGUCUACAAUGGAAUCCCUGAUGUCACACUUCUGGAAGCACAGGACUACAUCGGCGGUCGGGUCAAAGCGGCCGGUGCUCAGUUUAUUCACGGCAGGACUGGGAAUCCUGUGUAUGAGAUUGCAGCAAAGUUGAAGAGAAUUCCCUUUGCGACGUCAGUAAAUCCAGUGGAGGAAUCUUUGACCAACCCUGGCGACAUCUUUUACACCUCUUCUGGGCACAAAAUUGAAAGGGAUGAAGUGAAAGAGUUAAUGGAGCUACUGAGUGAAGUUCUCGAAAAUGAGGUGACAGAUGGAUAUGGUAAAUCAGUGCAGGAAGCCCUUGAAAGUGUCUACUCCAAAUUUCUAUCGGAAAACGAAGGAAAGAUAAAUCCUGCGAUGGAGGAAGUCUAUGAAGCUGCGUACAGGUGGUUCAGCAAGUACGUGCAAGUGGAUAACGCCACUGAUGACCUCAGCCAGUUGUCUCUAGAUUCCGAGUAUGUCGUCUUGCCCGGAGACCGCUACACGAUUGUGGACAAUGGGAUGUCUGGUCUGGUGGCCACUCUGGCAGAACAGCUGCCCCCAGGAGUUGUCCAGCUGAACACACCAGUCUCUCGCAUUGACUGGACUUGUGAAGAAACUGACAAUCCAAGACAGUCAUCUGGAUCCAAACCCAUACGUGUCACUUGUGAGAAUGGAAACACUAUAGAGGCAGACCAUGUGAUUGUCACCAUCAGCAUCGGUUGUCUGAAGGCCACACACAAGACUCUGUUUCAGCCGUUGUUACCCGCGCCUGUACAGGAGGCUGUAGAACACACGGGUUUUGGAUUAAUCGGAAAGAUUUUCCUGCAGUUUGAGGAACCUUUUUGGGAAGACCACAGAGAGUCCACACAAGACAACUUCUUUGAGUCAUACGAGUUCCUCUGGCUGGAUUCUCAUUUACCGACCAUCCAAAGUGACAGAAGUAAAAGGAAAACCAAGAGUGGCCACCCGUGGUGGUAUGGGAUUCAUAGUAUGGAGACAAUGUACAUGCAUCCUAGGGUGUUGGAGAUAUUCUUGAACAGAGAACAGGUAGAGCUGAGUGACGACCUCCCAGACGAAGAGGUCAUGGCUGUGUGUACAGAUGUGAUGCGGGCAUUUAUCAAAGACAUUCCAAUUCCCGAUCCCGUGGCGAUACACAGAACGAACUGGUUCGACAAUCCCUACACCAGAGGCACCUACUCAUACGCCAGCACUCAAUUCAGGAAUCAAGAUAAGAAACACUUUGGUCGCCCAGUACCCUCUUCUAAAGAUCCACAAGUGCUCUUCGCUGGUGAGGCGUACAGCAAAGAGUUUCAGUCCACUUUCCAUGGUGCACUGAUCUCAGGGGACAAUACUGCCGACUUUCUUCUCUCUCAAUAUGGACUUAAACCUCACAGAAAAUUGAUAGACCUGGUUUCACCGUAAUUCUAAGAAUGUUUCGGCACAAUCAUUUUGAGUCAGUCCGGAGCUGGGUCUGUGUCUUGAGUAGACCAAUUUCAGACUUUAGGUACGGCGUAAUUUGAUAAUAAAUGGGUACAAUAUC